AUGCAAAACGUACAUACCCUUAACGGGCUUCAAGUUCCCGCAAACCCUUAUGUUGACCGAAGUCAACCUUUUUAUCACCAACUUCCUGUCAAUUUUCGUCCCUUUUCAAUAUCUCAACCUCAACGACAGGUUUCUGCUACUCAGUCAGUGCACCCCUCAUUUUUAUCAGAAGAUACUAAAGAAGUUGAGAGUACAAAUUCAAGUAAAAGAAAUGAAUCGUAUAUACCUUUAAAUCCUUUAACUUCUGAAGAGUUAAAAGGUUUUCAGCGUAAUUUUGAGGAACCAAAAUCAAAAAAAAGACAGAGGAAUGCAUCUAUCGAUCGAUGGAAAAAACCUUUAAAAACAGAACUACCUUGGCUUACUGAAGUCAGUAAAAUUGAAUUACAUUACGAAAUUCUUGAAUUGGCAGAUUAUCUUAAACCUACUGAGGUCGAACAUUUGUUACGUGCAUUCGUAAUAAAGCGAAUAGAAAUAGCCAUUCAAAAAUAUAUUCCCACCGCAGAAAUUUUAGCAUUUGGAAGUUUUAACACAGGCCUUUAUCUUCCAACAAGUGAUAUUGAUUUGGUUUGUUUUAUUCACGUCCAAACUCCCUUAGCAUUAAGGGAAGUAUCAAGGAUUUUAGUUCAAGAAAAUAUUAGUCUUGAGAGACCGAUUACUUUAGCCAGAGCUGUUGUACCUAUUAUCAAAUUUCGUGAAUAUUAUACCACCUUUAAUGUUGAUUUAUCUUUUAAUCAAGCUUCAGGAUUCUUUUCAGCUCUUUCUAUUAAAAAAUUUAUGAGAGAAUGGCCUUCACUUGAAAAGUUGGUAAUGGUUUUAAAACAUUUCUUACGACAUCACGAAAUAGAUGAUCCUUCAACUGGUGGAAUGGAAUCAUUAAUACCAGAGGAUGAAAAUUUAGGAGUCUUAUUAAUAGAAUUCUUUGAACUUUAUGGUUUAAAUUUCAAUUAUGAGAAACUUGCAAUAAGGGUUAAGUCUUCUGAGGGAUAUGGUUAUUUUCUUAAGGAAAAUGAAUCAUGGGCGAUGAAAAACCCGCCAACAAAUUUAUGUAUUCAGGAUCCAACAGAUGAAGAUAAUGAUAUAUCGCGGUCUACUCGUAAUAUGGAUUAUAUACGUGAACAAUUUAAGUGUGCAUUUAACCGUUUAGUAGUUCGAGUUGGACAUCUUGAACGUAAUUUACCUCAUGAUGGAAAAAAAUUUCCAGGAUUACAAAAAGAAUCAAUUUUAUCAUCUAUUCUUUUUGUGGAUCAUGAAAUUCAAAAACGUCGGAAUAAACAAGCCGAAGAUUAUAAUCAACAUUUAGCGAAAGUGAUUGAACCAUUUGGAAAUGAUGCAUCGAUAUUUCUAACUCCUAUAGAUUUCGAUUAUAUUACUAGUGAAUUUAGAUUAGAAAUUAUGUCCGCUGAUAAAGCACGAAUGGAAAAAACUGCAAUGACUAAACAUAAAUUCAAUCGAAAUCGAUCAUAUGAAGGGUCAAGUCCUAUUAAUUUAAGAUCACAAGUUCCUAAUUAUCAAUCAUUAGUUUCUCGUACAGAAGAGGAUGAUCGUUCAUCAUCCAAACGUCAUAGAUAUGAUAUAACGGACUCUAGAAACAAAAGAAAUAGUUCAAGUAAUAAUGAUAAUGUUAGGGUAUAUGUUGAAAAUGAUUCUGAUAUGGAAAUGGAUUCUGAUUAUGAACGUUCUCAUCGACGAAGUAAAAGUACCAGAAAUAAAGGUUCGAGAAAUCGUCGACAUUAA